AUGCCAUCUAUUGCAUUAGAACAUCUUGAUAAUUAUGAUGAUCCUAUUCAAUUAUCAUCAGAUCAAAUAUCAACCAUAGCUAUUAUUGGAGGUGGUGCUUCUGGUGCUAUAGCUUUGGAUAGUUUAUUAAAAGAGAAACCAUCUAAUUUUUCAAAAAUCACGUUAUUUGAAAGAAGAAAAGUUUUAGGUGGAGUUUGGGCAUUAGAUGAAAAAACUAUUGAAACUCCAAAUCAAAUUAUAAAAUCAGGUUUAACUAGUAUUGUAACUGAUCCUCAAUUAGUUAAUCCCUUCCAUUCAAAAUCUUCUUCAUCAAAAUCAGAAAAAUUCAUCAUUACCAAUAAAACUACUCAAGAAAGAUUUGAAGAAACUCCAAGUUAUGCAAAUAUUAAAACCAAUAUUAUUGAAAAAAUGAUGACUUAUAGUGAUACCAAUCGUUGGGAAGUUCCUGGAGUUGAAGAUCCCGAACAAAGAAAAUAUGUUGAUGGUUUAAUUGUUCAAAAAUAUAUUGAUAAAUAUAUUUCAAGAAAUUUAUCAAAUGAUAAAGUUCAAUUAUUUACAAAUUCAACUAUUGAAGAUGUUGAACGUAUUCCAAGUGAACAUAAACAAAUCCCUUAUAAAUUUAGAUUAACCAUUAGAUCAAAUUUAAAUCAAGAUCAAGAUAUUUGGUAUCAAGAAGAAUUUGAUUCUGUUAUUAUCGCUACCGGUCAUUAUCAUGUUCCAUUUAUACCAUAUGUCAAGGGGUUAAAUAUUUUACAAGAACAAUUUCCAAAAGUAAUUCAACAUGCUAAAUUUUAUCUUGAUCCAAAACCAUAUAAAGAUGAGAAAGUAUUAAUUAUUGGUUCAAGAGCUUCAGGAGCUGAUUUAUCUAAAUUUAUUGCUGAUGAAGCUAUUGAAGUAUAUCAAUCGAUUCGAAAUCUUGAAAAUACCAAAAAAUUAUCCAAAAAGGCCAAUAUCAUUACCAAGCCAAUCAUUAAAGAAUAUGUAAUCUUACCUGAUAAUUCUGGAUUUAAAGUUUUAUUUGAUGAUGAUAGUGAAUUAAUCAAUCCUGAUCAUAUAAUUUAUGCUACAGGAUAUGAAUUUUCAUUCCCAUUUUUAAAUCGAUUAACCAAUAAUCAAAUUGUCGAAGAUGGUAGAAUCAUCCCUCAUGCCUAUCAACAUACGUUUUUAAUCAAUGAACCUUUGAUCACAUUUGUCGGAGUUCCUAUUGAUGGGAUUUCAUUCAGGGUAUUUGAAUAUCAAGCUAUUACUGUUUCAAGAUAUCUUUCAGGAAAGAUUGCCUUACCAUCAAGAACAGACCAAAAACAAUGGAUAACGAAUAGAUUGAAUGAAAAGGGAAUAACAAGAGCCUAUCAUACUAUUGGUGUCGUUGAUGCUCAAGAAUAUCUUUCUGGUUUAGUUAAAUUGGGUGAAAUUAAUCAAGAGAAAUUAAAUCAGGGUAGACAAUAUCCUGUAUUAACCGUACAAGAUAUUCUUGAUUAUAGAUCAGCCGGUGAAUUAUUGAGAAAGUUUUGGGAUGAACGUUAA